CGGGGGAUCACGGAGUCAUUGCGAUUCCUGCCCAUCCCAUCCCGUCGUUCCGAAAAUCCGGAGGCAAUAAGGACGGCUUCAUAAUCCAGAUAAUUUUGCUACCACUUGAUACUGGGCUAUAAAGUUUACCUGAUCUAAGGAGACAUGACGGGCUGAGGCUGUUGCCGCCUGUUGCCAUUCAAUGGCAUUGCUGGCAUUGCCGAAGCGCGAAGCGACACACGACGGAGCGCCGCCAUCGCGUUCGGCAACAUGUGGACUCGCACCGCCCUGUGUUCCCUGUGUGUGCUCGCCCUGGGCAUCGGGACGCAAACCCAGGCCAAGCUCAGGACCAUGGAGUUGGAGAGGACUGUGGACUUCGGCCAGGAUGUAGGCGGCAGCAGCCACCCGUGCUACCGGCCGUGCGGCGAGCCCAUGCAGUGCAACUACACCAUGACGCUGUCGCUCUACUCCACCUGGAGCAUGCACUGCGGGGACUGCCCGCGCACCAAGAGCCACUGCAGCCUGCCCGGCUGCAUCACGGCGGGGGGCACCGACCGCGUCGUGUACGCCGCCAACCUCAUGGUGCCCGGGCCCGCCGUUCACGUGUGCGAGGGCGACACGGUGCGCGUCCGCGUGGAGAACGCCUACCCCAACGAGGGCGUGACGCUGCACUGGCACGGCGUGUGGAUGCGCAGCACGCCCCACAUGGACGGCGUGCCCUACAUCUCGCAGUGCCCCAUACAGCCCAGCAACGUGUUCGAGUACAUGUUCAGGGCCUACCCCGCCGGCACGCACAUAUGGCACGCGCACAUCGGCUUCCUGGAGACGGACGGGCUGUUCGGGUCGCUGGUGGUGCGCGAGCGGCGCAGCGCCGACCCCCACGCCGACCUGUACGACGAGGACCUCGCCGAGCACGCGCUCAUGGUGUGGCACUGGUACCCGCACCGCAGCGACGAGUACCUGCCGCUGCGCCUGCACCGCAACGAGAGCGUCAGCGGCGCCGGCCUGCUCGUCAACGGCAAGGGCGUCAUCCAGGACGUCGGCGGCGUGCGGGGCCUGGACGCGCCCCACGAGGAGAUCCGCGUGCAGCAGGGCAAGCGCUACCGCCUGCGCUUGGCGUUCAACAGCGCCAUCUACUGCCCCGUCCACCUGUCCAUCGACAACCACACCAUGACCGCCAUCGCCAGUGACGGCGGCGACAUCAAGCCGGUGCAAGUGGACAGCCUGAUGCUGAACGCGGGCGAGCGCUGGGACGUGGUGGUGGCCGCGGACCAGCCCGUCGACCAGUACUGGGUGCGCAUGCAGGCGCUGGGCGACUGCGGCGCGGCCAAGGGACGCGUGUUCCAGCAGGCAGCCCUGGUGUACGAGGGCAGCAACGCGGCCAAGCCCGCGGGCCAGCGGCCCAACUACGAGAGCAGCGGCCGCGUGGGAAAGCUGCUGAACCCCAUGCAAGUGGUGGCUACGGACUAUUCCCAGUACGAGUUGGUGCAUUUGAUGGACCUGGAGAACGUGGAGCCUUCCGUCCACGGCGACAUCUCCGGCCCCGCGGACCACAUCCUGUACAUGACCCUCGACUUCAAGUUCUACGACGAGCUGGCGGCGCCGGGGCCAUACCCGCAGAACAACGCCGUCACCUUUGAGUUCCCCGCGGUGCCGAUGAUCCUGGAGCGCUACGAGAAGGACCCCGACCGCUUCCUGUGCACCGCGGCCACCGCCCACGAGCACUGCAUCGACACGUACUGCAGCUGCCCGCUGCGGGAGAUCCUGCCGUUGGGCGCGCUCGUCGAGAUCGUCCUCGUGGAUGAGACCACGGACCGCGCCCAGGACCACCCGUACCACAUCCACGGCACCAACUUCCACGUGGUGGCGGCGGGCUCGGUGGGCGCCAGCGUGUCCAUGGCGGAGGUGCGGCGCCGCAACGAGAGGGGCGACAUCGCCAAGCGCCUGGACGCCACGGCGCCGCUCAAGGACACCGUGUCCGUGCCCAGCCAGGGCUACACCGUGCUGCGCUUCCGCACCAAGAACCCUGGGUUCUGGUUCUUCCACUGCCACGUGAGCAACCACGUGCACCUGGGCAUGGGGCUGGUGCUGCAGGUGGGCAACCACUCCGACAUGCCGGCAGUGCCGCACAACUUCCCCCGCUGCGGGAACUACGUCUUCGACCCCGAGGUCCCCGACGACUCCGGGUCCAGCAGUGCGGUGCCGUCCUGGACGGCAGCGCUGGUCCUAGCAGUGGUGGCGCGCUGCCUAGUGUAGACCCUGUGCGGGGGCAGAGCGUGCAGCUCGCUCCUCUCAAGCCAGGCUGCAGGCUGACCCGCAAGAGGCGUCUCUUCCGCACUCUGGGGGAGUCUCGUUGGGGCGCGAGAGAGCCAGACAGAGCCGGGCAUGUGCUGUGCAGUCCCUGUGCUUGGAGCUGCGUGCUGCACCAUGAGCGCAGCGCGGUUCAACGGUGUCAGAAAUCUCAAUGUCGAAAUAAUACAUUAUGCUUGUAGAGAACCAGAAAUAUAGUGCUUUAUUUAAAUAAAAACAUGUACAAACCACA